AUGCUGCCAUUUUCCCUUGGGAUGUUUAGUGCACGCCACAUUGCAGCAGACUCAGUAACUUGUCAGAGUUGAGUUUUAUGAUGUUCAUAUUGCCUUUUCACAGCAGACACAUAUCUGUAUAAUUCAAUAUCUAUACAGUGACUGAGAUAAAUUCAGUUAUGCAAAAGCUACUUAAUCUUGAUGUGGGAGUUUUAUGUUUAUUUUGUACAAUCCAGUACUCCCACCCACAUGUACUUAAAAUGUAUGUUUAAAAAGUAAGGUUGAGCUGUUGUCAGUCAUUAGGACAUUAUGUUUCUCACAUGCUCUCUCUCUCUCUCGAUGGCUUUUCCUUCAUUCCUUACUUUUCCUUCCAGUUAACAGUGAAACACGGGUUAAAUAUUGACAGGGUCUGAAAGUCACCCGGUCUUCAGUAUUUGUGAGUCCAAUUGUUUGGAUGUUACUUAUUAAACACAGAGAGGUGACGCUUCUCUUUAGAAGAAAGGACAGCAGCAGCAGUGUGUGACAGUCUCCCUCCCCAGAUUAUGUCCAGUUUUCCAAUAUGAAUAAUAAUCAGGCAAAUGCUUCCAUCUAUGACAACAGAGGGUUCCAACACGAUGACGGAAGGCCCCCUCCAUACAACCCACAGAAGGGGAUGUACCCCUCCCUCCCACAAGAGACCCCCACCUAUGUUGCCAUGACUCCCAAAACUAUCAACACCCACCACACCGUAACACCCGGAACACCACAUAAUAUAGGACAAAAGAGAGGAAUAAAGAAAUGUCAGUGGAAAUACAUUCUUUGUGUAUCUCUGUGUGUGGUUCUUGUCCUGGCAGUUGUCGGCCUCUUGCUCUGGUACUUCUUGUACUACCAGUGUUUACUGGGGAAAUCAUGUAGAAAUGGUGGGAAGUGUCUGAGCUCCUCACAGUGGUGUGAUGGUGUGAGGGACUGUCCACACGGAGAGGAUGAAUCUCAGUGCUUUCGCCUUCACGGGACCAACUUCAUGCUGGAGAGCUACUCAUCAGGCAGCCAGACGUGGAUGCCCGUGUGCGCUGACAACUGGGACAACAACUAUGGGACAGCUGUGUGUGAGCAGAUAGGCUACAGGAGGCAGGACUAUGUCACCUACGGCCAAACCACUGCAGGUUCUUUGGCUUCUAAAGGAUACAUGAAGCUGAAGCCUGGGAGUGACCAUAAAUCACAGAUACAGUCACAGCUCACUUACAGCCAAAGUUGUUCAGCCGAAGCUGUCACACUUCAUUGUAUUGGCUGUGGGGAGAGUUCAGCAGCCCCCAAUACUCGUAUCGUAGGUGGUACGGAGGCUGUAAAUGGAGCCUGGCCAUGGCAGGUCAGUCUCCAGAUUCUUGGUCAGCAUAUUUGUGGAGGCUCCAUCAUCGGCCCUUACUGGAUCCUAUCCGCUGCACACUGCUUCCAAGCGUACUCUAAUCCUCAUCUAUGGAAGGUAUACUCUGGCGACGUGAGCUUGCGCAGCAUGAGCUAUGGCACUGGCAUAAGUGUUCGCAAAAUCAUUAACCAUGAGAAAUAUGACCCAGAAACUAAUGACAAUGACGUUGCCCUACUGAGGCUCGAUACACCUCUGACUUUUACAAGUUUGGUGAGGCCAGUGUGUCUCCCCAACGCAGACGUGGACCUCUCUGCUGGACGUCAAGCCUGGAUCACAGGAUGGGGAGCCCUGCGCUCAUCUGGACCAUCCCCUGACAAACUAAAUCAGGCCCAGGUGACCAUUUACAGCAGAGAGACCUGUAACAGUCCUCAGGUGUUAAACGGACAAGUCACUCAGACCAUGAUCUGUGCAGGCAGACUACAGGGAGGAGUCGACACAUGUCAGGGUGACAGUGGAGGGCCCCUGGUAGUCAAGGAGGGAAAUGUAUGGUGGCUGGCAGGAGACACUAGCUGGGGGAUUGGAUGUGCUUGGAGGAAUAAGCCGGGAGUCUAUGGCAAUAUAACCUACUUCACUGACUGGGUUUAUGGGCAAAUGCAGAACGAGUGAUGGAAACAAAGAACAUGAAGAUGAACCUGAAGAUGAACCUCAUUCAUUAAUCACUUUGCACUUUGAAUCUGAAGCUCCGUUGGAACUUAAUGAUCAGGAAGAAUUUUUUUGAAAACAAAACCUGUACAAAUAAAACUGACACAUCAUUUUAUUAUUUUUCUGUACUAAUUGUAACUACAGACUCAAUGUUUGUUUUUGGAGAAAAUCAAACUAUUUUGUUGUAAUAAAACAAAUUUUG